CUCUCUCUUUCUCUCUCUCUCUCUCUCAGUCUGUCUCUCCCUCCCUCUCUCUUUUCUUCGCUGACAGUGUGAUCAAUGCCUUGACUUCCUCCUUUGGCACGGCCGUGCGCUGGAACACAGAAAUUGACCGCUGCCUGUCAGUUUCCCAGCAUUCGCAUUAGAAGCAGUAGAGCAGGCGCACUGGAUUCUAGCUGCUCCGGCACUCAGCCAACAAGAUGAGUACAGGGGAUGUUGUGUGCACCGGCUGGCUCAUCAAAUCUCCCCCUGAGAAGAAGCUGAAGAGAUAUGCCUGGAGGAAGCGCUGGUUCGUGCUGCGGAGGGGUCGCAUGAGCGGGGACCCCGACGUGCUGGAGUACUACCGCAGCAAGAGCUCCAAAAAGCCCAUCCGCACCAUCGACCUGAAGGAGUGCGAGGUUCAAAUGCACACGGAGGUGCGGCUCGUCAGGCGCGAGUUCCAGAACCAGCACCUCUUCGUGGUCAAGACCUCCUCUCGAGUCUUCUAUCUCGUGGCCAAGACCGAGGAGGAGAUGAACAGCUGGGUGCACAGCAUCGGGCAGAUCUGUCACUUCGGACCUCUGGACGAUGAGACAGAGUCUGUGGACAGCUUUUUUCACACCCCCCCGUCUCCGCCCGUCUCCCCACGUAACUCUCGCGUCGCCAGCCAAGACCUCACGCCCGAUGGCAACACUACGGAGGAGAGUCGCAGCGCGUCCGAAUCCAGCCUGCCCUUGGACUACCUCUUCCUGUCACAGUGCGAAACGGGAAAGGUCAGCGCGACCAGAUGCAACAGCUGUUCAAACUCAGAGCGGUCCCUGGAGCAGACUUCUGCCGAGUACACCCCUGAGGACGCGUUCCCCUCCCCGCUCUGCGCCAACCCCGUCUUCUCCCCUUUCCUCAUUCCCGGGGUGACGGACCCCCCCCUGAGCGCCCCCUGCGCCUCCACCCCCCUGGAGAGGCCGUGCGGCUUCUCCUCCUCGGCCUCCUCCCCGCACGGCCCCCGCCCCGCCGCCAACGUCUUCCGGUUCGACAGGCUCUCCUCCGCCCCGGUCCCAGAGGGCGGAGCUGACGGGCUCGCACCCCCGCCCCGGCCCCCCAAGCCAGGCCGCUUCUCCGAGCGGCGGCCAAACGAAGGGGUGCUCGCGAGCCAGCCCGUGCCCAUCCCCCGGAGGGUCUCGCUCUCAGGCCUCGACCACGUCAGAAGAGGGGAGUUUGAGAGCAGUUCAGGUAGAAGCUGGAACAAAAGGCUCAGUCUUAAUUUGCCUGGGCCGGCCACCGUCCAGAGCCCGAGCUGGACGGACUCCUGCGAGGAGUCCUACGUCCCCAUGAGCUCUGGGGCCCCGACUCCCGCCCCUUCCCCGGAGGCCACGCCUGACGGGUACAUCCCCAUGAGCCCCAUCUCCGCUAAGCUCCUCCUUUCCGACGCCGCCGAGGCAGCCCCGCCCCCCGCCCCGCCGCGCGGCCUGUCCGUCGACCUGGAGCCGCCGCCGGUGAACCGGGAUCUCAAGCCUCGACGGAGAGCUCGGCCUCCACCGCUCGACUUGAGGGGUUUGUCCACGAUCCGGGAAUGCCCCACCCACCUACCCCUGUCAAGGACCUUUACGGAACCCUGCAGAGCGAGUCCAUGUUUCCCGCUGGACAGAAGACGUACAUUGGGAGGCUUUCCAGCAGAUCAGGAUGACGGCAGCAUUCUAAUAGAAUCCAGGCAGCUGGUCGUGAACGGUAGCCCCGCCUUUCCCUGGCUCCGGAGAUCGAACCUCGACUACCUUUCGCUGGACUUCAACUCCGCGUCCCCCUCGCCCGUGCAGAAGAAGGCAUUCCUCAGCGAUGAACACCGAGUGGACUAUGUGCAAGUGGACCAGAGGAAGACUCAGGCUCUGCAGAACACUAAGAUGGAGUGGACAGAUGUGCGUCAAUCCAAAGUGUAGAGCAUGCUGGGACACAUAUCACCGACCCCAAACAGCACAGCCCACCGCGAACCACCAGCAUAUGACUGUAUUUCUGCACUCUAUGGGAGUGAUAACUCAUUCAUUCUUUAAUAUGGUAGAAAUGAUUCUGUACUAGACAGCAAGUGUCACACCGCCCAGGAAAGAUAUAUAUGAACUAUGAAUUUUAAUUCAAUUGAAACUACAUUACACCAAAAGUCAUACCACUGAAAUGGCACGAACAUUGUGUCAGAUGCAUUAAAAAACAUUUUUAAUGAAAUAUUGUAGCCAGGGAUGGUUACUGUAAAUGCAUUUUGAUGACUAAAAAUUGCACUGUUGUCAGGAUAAUUUUACAUUUAUGCAAAUGCAGUGUGAGGAUGUCACAUUUCUGAUUCAUUUCAUAAUGAAGUAUGCUUUGUGUUUACUGCGAUGUAUAAUUUCUUUGUGCAAAACAGCCAUUUUUAGGAACUGUAAAUCUGAAUGAAUCCUUGGCAUUAAUUGUUUCUGAGAAUCAGAGAGACGGGAGAAUCUGAGCUUUGGCCAAAUCCAUCUGCAGCUCAGCUGGUGCUCUUUCAGCGUCGCUCGAUAUAACGCAGUCUCCUUUAUGCCUCCGUGGGCAGGGCGCUGCCAGAAAUUAAAAGAUUAGAUUAAUGUGCUUAACUGUG